AUGGAUGUAUUUUUGAUGGUCCGAAGGAAAAAAACGACAGUUUUUCUGGACGCGAAGGAGACAACGUCCGUCAAGGAACUCAAGAAGAUGAUAGCAGGUAUCACUAAAAUCGCACCGGAGAAUCAGACCUUGUUCAAAGAUGAGCAAUGCAUGGACGACAACAAGAAUCUCACCGAUUACGGCCUCAACAGUGGAACGGCCAAAGCCCAGGCCCCAGCUACGGUGGGUCUCGCAUUUCGCGACCCCGAAAGCGGAAAGUUCGAACCCCUGGACAUAACACCUCUGUCCAGCCCACCGGAACUGCCAGACGUCAUGAAACCGCCGGAAUCGCAACCUCACGAACAAAGUGUGGCCUGA